GGUCUGUCACCUACCUCAAACCUACGGUUACCUGCCACGGUGAAUUCAUUAAUCUGGGCUCAGCCGCCGUGAAUAUGGUGAUCAUCCACCUGAUGUUUUGGAGAAAUCAUGGCCAAGAACGCAGGGUCUGGCAGGUCAGAAGACUCGCAAAUGAGUGCUCAUGCUGAUAUGUGAUGGCAAGUUGUUUACUUCUGUGAAACUUGCAAGGAUGCUUCCAGUCCAAUAAAUGUGAGUUCGCUCUCCACUUGCUGUAACUCCUCCUAUUCUCGAAAGAUUUAUCCAGUCUUCUCUUCGUUGCUGCCCCAGCAUCAUGUCACAUCCGGUUGCGGAGAAUUCAAAAUCAAAUGGAACUGACUGGAAGAAACUGCGCAUUAUUUGCUCGCAGACUAUCUCACGCUUCACCAGCGGGAGUGCCACUUCAGGCAAUGAUUCUGAUGAAUCAAAAAUUGUCCCAAGUCUUACAACGAGUAGCACUGACUCUGAAUCGCCCUGUAUUGUCUCGCCUUCUGGAUCAUUUUCCAGUUUCGAGGACCUUGGACCCCUGGUUGCAUAUGAUGACCCUCACCACGAGGGGGAUCUUCGUUCACCACUGACGCAAACUUUCCUAAAACCAUAUGUUGACUUCAAAAAAUACCACGAUGAACCUGAGGAUCUUACGGCUUAUAUUUCACGCAUCGAUGAUUUCCCCCGCAAUUUUGGCGGAUUCGGCAACGUCUGGAAAUGCAAAUUAACAAGUUCCUUCCUCCGAAACGGUACCAAAGUUCGUUUAUUAAUUGAUUUCCUCCCAACAGAUUGGCUCAAUCCUAAUAGAUACUCCCACAAAAAGUCGCAGUCAAGGCUUUCAGAGUGCCGUCAAGGAAACCAGAAGACCUAAAUAAAUUGAUCAAGAAAUUACGUCAGGAAGUCUUUGUCUGGAGACAGCUGGAACAUUCGCACAUAGUGCCUUUGUAUGGCACUACGGAAAAAUAUGAAAUUAUCCCAGCGCUGGUGUGUCCAUGGAUGAAAAACGGUUCUCUCCAUC